AGGGAGACAGUGAGGGAGGCAGAGAGGAAACGAGAGAUAUACAGUAGAUACAUUUAUCCCUUACUCUGAGCUUACAGGCUGGAAAGGACAGAUCAUCACUAAGAAUUCUUCUUCCAUUAUAUAUCUUCUCAUAUUCCUGCUGGACACUGCUUCAAUGGAUGAACUAAGUCAGCACUUAAAGUGCCUUAAACUUUGUGGCGGUGAAGCGGAGGAUGAAAAACAGAUUCUUCAGAGUCUCAGUGGGGUCCUACUGGCUCUUGAUGAAGACAUUCAGAGCUCUUCGAAAUUGCUUAUAGAGUGUGACAUUUUACCAGCCUUAGCCAAAAUCCUAGCAGCUAACCCUACUUGCACAGAAAAAGCUGCUAAUGUACUUGCAGAGCUGGCAAAGAAUGAGGAAACAAGGAAGCCAUGCAUUGACGCUGGCCUAGUCAUGGUCUUGGCUCCUCUUUUGGCAAGAUCAGACGAGGAGUUGCUUCUGCAAGCUGGCAGAGCGAUUGGCCGAAUCUGCUAUGACAACAGUGACAUACAAGAGCACUUGAUUAAACUAGAUGUGAUCACGUCAUUGGUCCGAAUUUUAAUUGAUUAUCCUGAGAAUGAUCCACUGGUGCGUGUGUGUCUGCUCGCCUUAUCCAACCUGGCUGACCUAGACAGUGCUAAGGAGGCUUUGAGCAAAACCAGUAUUACCAGGCAGCUAGUAAAGCAGCUGAAGAGAGCAGAAAAUCAUGAAAGAGUUGAAAUUAUUAUUGAGGUUCUCCAAAUGCUGGCAGAAAAUGAUGCCCUAAAAUUACAACUGGUAGAUGCCUCUGUACAGGAGACAUUAUGUGAAAUUAUACAGAGAUUACAGGACAGCUUUCAGCCAGAGGAUAUGUGCACAAUGAAGUCAUCUUCAGAUCUUAUUGUGUCCCUGCUUCUUGGUGAUGAGUCUAUGCAAACACUGUUUGACAAUGGAAAUGGCAUUGUGUACAAGAACAUUGUGUUUUGGCUAACGUCACGUCACACUCUCCUUCAGAUGACUGGGGCACUCACUAUUGCUAACUUUGCAAGAAAUGACAGUAACUGUGUUCGUAUGGUACAGCUUGGGGUGGUGCACCAGCUACUGGACCUAUUGGAACAGCAUGUGGAGAAUGGAGAUGCUGCUGUGCAACAUGCUGCACUUAGUGCAUUACGGAAUCUCGCCAUACCAGUGAUGAAUAAAGUACAGAUGCUAAAGGAAGGAGUUGCUGAUCGAAUUCAGAUGCUUUUGAGAUCAGAAAUGCCUCCAGUGCAGUUUAAACUACUGGGAACUUUGAGGAUGCUGACUGAUGGACAAGCUGACACAGCCAUGAUAUUGGGGCAGAAUUCCAUGAUGUUGACUAGACUUGUGCAGUGGUGUGAAACCAAAGAUCAUGUUGGGGUACGAGGAGAAGCUAACAGGCUUCUGGCAUCUCUCCUCCGUUAUAGCAAAUCACAGGAUGUAGUGAAAGCUGUUCAUCGGGCUAGAGGAUUGAAGCACCUGGUAUCUAUGACAACUAGUGAACAUGCAAUUAUGCAGAAUGAAGCCCUCGUUGCUCUGGCCAUUGCAUCUGCAAUUAACCUAGAACUAGUAGAAGAGGACUUUAAAGAAUCGGAGUUGGUAUGUAUCUUACACAGAAUUCUGGAAGAUGAAUCGGUGGGUCCAGAGGUGAAGUACAAUUCACUGGGUCUGCUGUGCAGCCUCCUAGACUCAGAUGUACUAAGAAGAGACAUGGAAUUAGUGAACAUGAAACAGACUUUGGAGAAGAUGUGUGCACACAGCAAUAGCAACGUAGUCAAACAAGCCAAUACAGUGCUGCAGAUACUAACCAGCAGUAGCACACACAGUGGCCAUUUCUUUGCAUAGUUAUCUUCAUGUUUUGUCUGUGUCAAUACAACAUCUAGAAACUCAGCGGAUGAAUUAUAAUCACCCUGUAAAAUAGUACCUGUGCUUUUAGAUUCAACAUGUUCCAAUAUGGGUUACCUACCUGUGUUGCAACCAUCUGUUCAUGUUUUGUGAGAAGAGGGGAAGGGAUGAGGUCUGAUGCCUAAGACAGCAACAGACAUAAAUAAUGCCCAGACUAUGAGGACACUGACAUCAUGCCUAGAUGAACCAAAGGUCUUUGGUUCACGAAUUUCUCAGUGUAAAAAUAAAAACUGGAUAAAUAGAUAGGCUGUGCAGAAUAAAAAUGUUUCUAAUAUAGUUAGUU